AUGCUAAGACAUUGCUUUUUUCAAUUGCCUAAAAGGCAGGUCUUGUGGCAGUGUAGUCAUGGAAAAUUUUUUCAUAAUACAGCUUUCUCAAAUGCUAUAAAUAACUUUUGCAUGCCUGCGUUGUCACCUACGAUGGAAGAGGGAAGCAUUGCAAAAUGGAUUUUAAAAGAGGGAGAUACUUUUAAGGCUGGCGAUGCUAUUUUAGAGGUUGAAACCGACAAGGCUACGAUGGACGUUGAGGCACAAGACGAUGGCAUUCUAGCAAAAAUAUUAAUCAAUCCUGGUACUAAAAUUGCCGUCGGUAAAGAAAUUGGUAUUCUUGCUGAGGAAGGAGAUGAUUUAUCUAAAAUCAAGCUUCCUGAGGUUUCAAGCACACCCGAGAAAGUCACGAAUUUGAAGCCAUCAUUGGAACCUAGUUCUUCUUCUUCUUCUUCCUCUUCCCAAAACACCCCUUUGCUUCCUUCCGUUGCACACUUAUUGCAUCUACACAAAAUCCAGGAUCCAUCGGUUAUUGCUGCCACCGGUCCUCGUGGUCGUUUGCUUAAAGGCGAUGUUUUGGCUUUUGUUGGUGAAAUUAAGAAGGAUGCACCAAAAUCCACACAGAAAGCUAUCCAGAAGCUUGAAAAGCUUGAUUUAUCCAAAAUGGAAGCUAAACCUAUGGUCACAGAACAAAAGCCAGAAGCUGUUCCUGAAAAACCUCGUUUCGAUAUCGUCGAGACGAGUCUAUCUUUGGCCAGUUUAAUCAAUAUUACUAAAGUCACAAAAGAAAAUACUGAAGAACUUCCAGAAAAGAUUAGAAACAUUGUAUCGUCAGCUAUUUCUGAAUCUUUGGCUUCAUCCGAAAUCCCAGACUUAUUCCAAGAUCCCGUAGAGAACGCUUAUGAAACUUUAUUAGGAUUGCCUUCCUCAAAAACAAGUGAUUUGCCAAAUGCUCAGUGUAUUACUGGGGAAGGAUCAAUUGAUAAUGUCGCUGAUUUUCUUUGCAAAUCUUCUAUAAUUUUACCAGCUCAAUUAUCUGACAGCUUGACAUUAUCGUUCGUCCGUCCAAAUCCAUUAUUGGAAGGAAAGACAACGCUUGAUGGUGUCUACGACUAUCUAUUGGGACCUGUUCAGGAACAAAAUAUAUAUAAUCCAUCUCAUUCGAAAAAUGAAGAGGUCGUCUUGAAAAUAUCAUCCAAUGCUCGCGUUGAUAGCCAACGGGCCGUUUCGUUUAUGAACAAAGUUAAAAGGAAUUUGGAGGCUGCUUCUCUUAAUUGA